UCCUUUUAGUUGAAAUAGCAUUCCAUUCCCAUGUGUAGUUUCUUACCCCAAAAUCCAGUUUGGUUGUGGACGGUGGGGGAUUUGCCCAAUGCUUUGCACUCCCCCAUCCUGACCGCCCAUCUCUGCCUCCUACAUUGAAAUGCUCGAGCAUUCUUCAAUUCUAGGCAGGCAGGCUUGUUAGAGGGAAUGGAAAGCAUGAGUGGAUCAAGCAGUGGCAGGCAGGAUCUGAGUUCUCCUUUCGGCUUCCACGAUUCAUCCAUAUCCUACUUCAAUUCUUCCCCAGUAGAAUCACAAGGAAAUCCUUCAAUGUGUUCAGAAAAUUUUCAUCAACGAUGUUCGUCUGAAAGCUUUCUUAUGGAGGAGCAACCAUCUUGGCUAGAUGAUCUCCUGAACGAGUCAGAAUCACCAGUACUUAGAGGUCACCAGCGCUCAGCAAGUGAUACUAAUGCAUACCUUGGACAAGCAGUAAGGACAUUUAACAUAAGGGACCAAUCCAAAUAUGAAAAUGCAUAUAUUGGAACUUCAAUAGGAUCUAGAAACUCAGUACAUUGCAUAGAUUCAGACAGCACUUCCAUCGAGACCAAGACAUAUUCAUUGGAAGAAACAAAUAAAAAGGAAGCAAAUAAAGUAUUAUCUACUUCAGCUGAAGAGAAGAACAGAGAGGAAUCUACUCCACAAAACCUCGAGGGCUCUACCGAGAAAGCUAAUGGCUCACAAGCUAAGCCUUCUGCACCCAAGAUUGAUGCAAACCGUGCUAAACAGAAUACCGGUCACCGAUCAUGGGUGAAAAAACUUCGGUACAUAGGUCAACUGGAGAGAACCGUCCAACUUCUACAGGAUGAAAGAUGUAAGGUCUUAGCCGAGGUUGAGUUCCUUGAGCAGCAUAAUACUAUAUUGACCAUGGAAAAUAAAGCGUUGAGACAACGCCUGGAAAGUUCAUCGCAAGAGCUGCACAUAAAACACUUGGAGCAAGAGAUAUUAAGUGGAGAAAUUGGGAGGAUGCAAACUCUGUUUCAACUACACUUGCAACCUCCAAUACAGCUGCAGUUGCCACAACAUAAACAUCAUUCCAAACAACAUCGAAACAAAAGUCGAGGUUUUAAACCAAUUAAGUAGUUUCUAUAUGAAGAAUAUGAACUUCGAUUCCAACGGGAGUUCAGCUUAAUAAUUGAGCACGGAUCUGAUAUCACACUCCAAUUCUCACUCGCUAAAAACUCUCCAUGUUGUUUACCUUCUACUGUUUCCUUUUUAUUCCUUUUUCGUUUUCCUUUUUCCUGUUGCCACCACUUCUUCAUCACGUGAUAUAUUAUGAUCUAGUUAUAGUAGUGCGUUUAUGAAAUUUUAGCUGUCUGCUACAAUUAGUAUACUAGAAUUUUAGAUUGAAAGACUGAUGUGAAAUAGUAGUGAAUUUGCAGCUAAUCUAAGUUGAUUGUUGAUACUACACCAAUUUCGUGAGUUUCUUAAUAAUAUGCAUUUAUAAUUUGGAUCAUCU